CAGAUGAAAGGGGAACAACUUUAAUUAUUUUGACAGACGCACAAUCACUCUUCCGAGAUGGCAUGCAAUCUACUGAGACAUUGCAAGUUGUGUAAUUUAUCAACAAGAAUAGUGAAUUCAUUGACUUCAAGGAAUAUACAUUCUAGUAGUAAUGAAAAAGCAGAUAUUGUUAUAUCUGGCGGAGGAAUGGUCGGGACUGCAAUGGCAUGUGCCCUAGGGCAUACUGAUUUCCUGCAGGAUAAAAAGAUAAUACUUCUAGAAUCUGCUCCCGAGAAGAAAGAUUUUAAACUGAGUGAACGCUAUAGUAACAGAACGUGUGCCAUAAGUCCAUCUACAGUUGGCCUAUUUCAGAAUAUAGGAGCAUGGGAUGAGAUUUUAGAAAUGAGAUGCCAGCCUGUCAAACGAAUGCAGGUGUGGGAAUCCUGCUCUGACUCAGUGAUCACAUUUAAUGAUGAAGAACUGAUGAACGACCUGGCCUACAUUGUGGAGAAUGACGUGAUACUAGAAGCCAUCAGGAGACAGCUGUCGUCCCUCUCAGACAGAGUGGAGGUGCGGUACCAAACCUCAGCGAAAUCUUACAUAAUACCUGGCUCCACCCCUGGCCACGAUAAUGUGGACCAAAACACCUGGGUCACCAUAGAAACAGAUAAAGGACAAAAAAUUCAAACCAAAUUACUGAUUGGUGCAGAUGGCAUGAACUCAGCUGUAAGGAAGGCUGGGAAAUUCCAUGUGUUUCAACAAGACUACAAACAGCAGGCAGUGGUAGCCACUCUGGAGGUCUCGGGGACAUCAGACAAUAGUGUGGCAUGGCAGAGGUUUCUCCCAACAGGACCAAUAGCCAUGUUACCAUUAUCCAGCAAUUACAGUUGUCUGAUUUGGACAACCAGUCCAACCAAGGCCAAAUACCUCAAAGAUUUACAAGAUGACAACUUUGUUGAUGCAGUCAAUGAUGCAUUUUGGCAUGAAAGGGACAAGGAUUCAACAGUCAUGUCAAUCUCCCAGAAAUAUCAAGAACUUCUCAACUAUGUCUUUAGUGAUAACCAGGUGGUGCGCCAGUUACCGCCCACAGUGGUAGGAGUGGAUCCUGGAAGCCGCGCCUCAUUCCCCUUGUCACUCACCCACUCCUCUAACUAUGUCAAACCUCGAGUCGCUCUCAUUGGAGACGCUGCACACAGACUUCACCCACUGGCCGGUCAGGGAGUCAAUCUUGGGUUUGGUGAUGUCAGCUGUCUAAGUCAGGUGUUAAAUGAAGCUGUCCAGUCGGGAUCAGAUGUAGGCAGCCUGUAUUACCUAUCAAAGUACGAGACAGAAAGACAGAGGGCAGUGCUACCAGUUGUCAUGACAAUACAUGGUUUACACCACCUUUACAAUACCGACUUUUCUCCAGUGGUUCUCCUGAGGAGUUUAGGGCUUCAGUCAACCAAUGCAUUACAGUUUGUAAAGAACAAAAUAAUGCAGCAGGCGUCUUCAUGAAAUAAGAAACAAGGCGGGUAAAGAUCUCACAGACUUUUAAUAAACAAACUAAAACAUAGCUUUGUCUCUGCCACAGUAAUAAAUUAUUAAUACACAGCAAAGCAUAGAAAAAUUGUUAUGCUUGAUGUUGUAACCUCUAACAUGCAACAAGUCUGAAGUAUUCUUGUAAAUUAUAGUAAAGAUUUGUAAAAUUAUAGCCACUAGUACGAUGCACUGAGCUACUGACACAAUGGGACUGUUAAUUAGAUUCCAUCCUGGUUACAAUAUCGCAACAACAAUGGAGACGAUGAAUCGGAUGUGACCUAUGGCACAAUGGAUGUUAAUUAUGUCUUCCCAUGUAACAAUCACAGAGGCAUAGAAUUCCACCAGGCUUACAUCUGCAGAAAGCUGUGUCUGUCUGGAAUAAACCCAAUAAACAUUCAUCUUAUAAAUGUAUUAAAAUACAAUUUGUAAUACAUUUUUGAUUUAAGAUUACAAUAUGUAUGGAUUUUACUGUGUUUUACUGGUUUAUAUACAGAACAAAAAUUUCACAAUUACAUGCAUUUUGAUAAAAACUAUUCUUUGUUUAUUUCCUUUCAAAUAAAAUUUAAAAAAAAUA